AUGAAGGGCCGCACAGACACCGUCCUGCAUGUGGAGUCCGCAGAGCCGAGCCAGACUGAGUUCUGCAACCCUGCCUUUGAGCCCGAGUCGGGGCCACUGUGCCCUCCGCCCGCCUUCCGGGAGGAUGCCCGCCGUCGCACUCGCACGCCCUGGCACGGUAGCCGUCUGGGGGGUGACACGGGAGGACUGAGAGGCCGGGGGGGUGCUGAGGAGAGGGGCACAGUCCCGCCCUGUCUGCCCACAGGUUGGCGUCCCCGAGGGCUGCCGCCCGACUGGCACCUCUGCGGGCUGUGCGCCCUGCUGCUGGCCAGCCUGCUGCUGGGGCUGCUGGGGCUGCUGGCCUUCCUGCUGGCCCGUGAGUGCCCAGGCCCUGCGGGGAGAGGGGCUUUGGAACGGGACUCCGUGGGCUGUGCCACUUGUGCCCCGGGAUCCAGCCCCUUUGAAUCCUCCCCCUCCCCCUUCCUGUUUUCAGAGCUGCAGGCUGCACCCCCAUCUGGAGCCUCCUCUCCUCCGCUGCCCACCAGGGGCCUCAUCGCCACUGGCACCCCCUCCACCACAGCCACCACCCCCUCUCAGGCACCGAGGACCCCUAAAGGGCAGCGAGAGGCAAGCCUGAGCCUCACACCCCAGGCCUCCUGUGGGGGCCUCCUCCUGGGACCAUGGGGCGUCUUCAGCAGCCCCAACUACCCAGACCCCUACCCGCCCGACACCCACUGUGUGUGGCACAUCCAGGUGCCCGCAGACCGUGCGAUACAGCUCAGGAUCGAAGCUCUGGACAUGGAGAACGUGGCCUCCUGCCUCUUCGAUCGCUUGGAGAUCUCCCCCGAGCCAGAAGGCCCCCUCCUCAGGGUGUGUGGCAGGGAACCUCCCCCCACACUCAACACCAACACCAGCCGCCUGCGCGUGACCUUCGUCUCAGACAGCAGCGUGGAAGGGCGAGGCUUCCAGGCCUGGUUCCAGGCCGUGGCUCCGGGGCGCGGGAGCUGUGCCCAGGAUGAGUUCCCCUGCGACCAGCUCGCCUGCCUGCCUCCUGGCUUGGUGUGCGACGGUUUCGCCCACUGCGCCGAUGGCAGGGAUGAGAGCAACUGCAGUGCCCAGGCCUCAGGAUGUGGGGGCAACCUGACGGGGUUCCAGGGUAGGUUCUCUGCUCCCAGCUUCCUGCAGGGGCACCCUCGCCACCUGCUUUGCACCUGGCAUAUCUCAGUCCCCACCGGACAUGGCAUAGAACUGCAGUUCCUCAGCUUCAACCUGGACGCCCAGGGGGAGUGCCAGUCUGACCACGUGGCAGUGUAUGAGGCCAGCAGCUCGGGGGCCCUCGGCCUCCUGGGCAGGUUCUGUGGGGCAGAGCCGCCACCCCGCCUCCUCUCCUCGCGCCACCGGCUGGCUGUGCUCCUCAGGACAGGCCCUGGCGUAGGUGGUGUGGGCUUCUCAGCCACCUACCGGGCCCUGGACGCCACAGAGAAGCCCUGUGGGCCCACGGAGCCCUCCUGCCAGGACAAGGGGUGUAGGCGCUGGAAUUGUGACCCGUGGCGAGGCUGUGCAGCGGGCAGCCCGGGCGAGUGCGGCGGCCCCUUGUCCCCACCUCCAGAGCUGUCCUGUGAGCCCAUCCGAGUGGAGAUGUGCCUGGGGCUCAGCUACAAUGCCACAGCCUUCCCGAACAUCUGGAUUGGCAUGGCCACCCAGGAGGAGGUGAUGGAGGUGCUCAGAGCAUAUGAGAGCCUGGCCCGCCUUCCCUGCUACCCGCGCUUCCGGAGGUUCCUCUGCGGGCUGCUGGUGCCCUGCUGCACCCCACUCGGCAGCGUGCUCCCCCCUUGCCGUUCUGUCUGCCAGGAGGCGGAGCACUGGUGCCAGUCUGGCCUGGCACUGCUAGGCACCCCCUGGCCCUUCAACUGCAACUGGCUGCCCGAGGCCACAGACCUGGACGCAUGUGCCCAGCCCUGACGCCGACUAGGCCCCUGCCCUCUGCCUGCCCAUCC